AUGGCCGCAUGUGUUAACAGCCGGUGGAUUGGUGCUAUUGUUAUAGCAUGUGUGAUCUGUCCAGUCUUGUGCAGCAAUAUCCUAAUUCUCCCAGGUUCCCCGCUCGGAAAUCUCUACAUUACUGUAUCGAGAUUUGGAGAACUACUAGCCACGAGAGGUCAUAAUGUGACCGUGCUGAUAAAUGACCUCUACUACCAAAGAUUUGCAGGCUUGAUCAAACAACAACGAACAUUUAUGAAUUUUGAAGAGUAUAAAUCCGGCUUCAACGAAUUUCCCGACGCGUACAACCUAGUCACAAAAAGUGCACAUACUGCACCAUCUAUUUUUGAAACGCUUCGCGUUUUUGAUGCUUUGGCAGAUGAGACCGAGGCUUUUAUUCAAGACAGUAACACCAUAGAACGCUUGAAUGCCUCGAACUUUGAUCUAAUUCUUGCCAAUGUUUUCAACCCAGGCUACGCUCUUAUUGUUGGUACACUGCGUGUCCCGUUCGUCGUUAUUUCCACCACGAGAGCGUUACCGGUUGUAGACGAUUUACUUCAUGGUUUGACCUCAAACCCUGCAUAUGUACCAGCGGUAUUGACAGGAUACUCAGAUGUGAUGACGUUUCCUCAGAGACUGAGCAAUACCUUUGUAUACCUUGUAUCGGCUGCAAUGUUUGAGUUUGUUGUUUUAAAACCAUUCAAAAGUAUACAACAAAGGUAUAACAUUCGACCAGAGAUUUCAUACAGGAGUUUAGGUGGAAAUUCGGAGUUAGUACUUUUCUGUUCUGAUUUUGCAUUCGAUUAUCCCCGCCCUAUGAUGCCGCAUGCUAUUUAUAUUGGGUCAUUAACAGCAAGAACCCCAUACCCUCUUAGUCAGGUGAGUUACGUGAAAAUGUAG